AUGAGUUAUUACGAUCAAAAACAGCAUCCCGUCGGCGUUCCUCCUCCGCAAUAUUAUCCGCCACCUCCGGGAUAUCCACCGCAAGAAGCUUAUCCUCCACCGGCGUAUCCACCACCACAAGGGUACCCUCCUCAAGGAUAUCCUGCUCAGGGAUACCCUCCUCCCUACGCCCCUCAAAAGGAAAAGCGCAAUGGUUGCUUACAGGGCUGUUUGGCUGCUAUUUGCUGUUGCUGCUUGCUGGAUGCUUGUUUUUGA